AUGGAAGGCAGCGCGGCACCAAACCGGCCCCCUCAACCUGCGCCGCAACAACAAGCCUCCCUGAUCCGCCCCGAACAGGUCCAACGGUUACCGCAACUCAAUCCCGCCCAAAAACAGCAAUACGAGCAAGGCGUCAAAAGAUUCUGGGAAGUUCUGAAUACCACACCUCAGGGAGAUCCUAAAUACAAUGAAGCCUACCAAGGCCUGGUGCGGACGUCAAGCCAGUUGAUGGCCGGCAUGAAACAGUGGCAGCAAAGUACAAAACAAAGAUUGGCCGCUCAGCAGCAGCAGCAACAACAACAACAACAAGCACAGGCGCAAGCACAAGCACAAGCACAAGCACAAGCGCAACAACAGCAGCAAGCACAACAGCAACAACAGGCACAGCAGCAGCAACAAGCGCAGGCGCAGGCGCAGCAACAGGCACAGGCAUUAGCGCAGGCACAGACACAAAAGCCGACCCAGCCUGCAGCGGGCCAGACCGGUAGCAGUGUGCAAUUCAGCCAGCUCUUGCCCGAAAUUCAGCGGAAAGUGAACGAACAGCACUUUUACUACCCGCCAGCCAUGACCAAAGGGACAGAACCAGCUGAAGUGUGGCUCCGUGAGGCAAAGGCAAGACUGGGACAGGCACUCCAAAGACUCCAGGUCGCAAAACAGAAAAAAGCCGAGUUUCAACGACAAGCCCAGCAGCGACAGCAAGCUGGCAAUCCUUUGACGGCAGCGGAGACUGAGGUAUUCAACAACAAGGUUGCACAGUGCGACCGAGCGGUGAAUGAGAGUACCCAAUUUAUGAAGAAGUUCAACGAGCAGCAGGAACAGUUCCGCAUCGCUCAGCCUCAGCAUCAGUACACCAAGCAAGCCGCACCAGCCGGAGACGGCGCAGAUCCCGCUUCUGUCACUCCGCUGCAACCUGGAGUACAAGGCCCAACAGCUCACUCGAUCAGCAGUGCUGUGUCUGCUGCACGGAAUCAAGCAAGUGCAGCCCAAGCCGGCACUGCUCCUGGUGCGACACCUCAAGCCGGUCAGAGCGCAACCGCAACCACGCAGCAGACACCCGUCAGCGCGUCCCAGCCGCAUUUCCCAUCUGUUCAGCCAGAAGCCGCGGCAGGGCCUCGUCCAGUAUCACAUCAAGGUCAAACUAUACCGCCUCAAGCCGCACCACAUAGUGCUCAGCCAGGCGUUCACCCGCAUCCUCUUAACACCAGUAUCAACGGCGCGAAAGCGGCCACUCCAGUCAUUACCAAAAAUUUGCAGGUUGCCGAGCCAAAACCUGUAGUCAUGCCACCUUCCAGACCGACCCUGACCGGUGGUGCCGGUGUGGGACUACCGGGCCAGCUUGCACAGCCGGCGAUCACUGCACUGCCGGGAUAUGUUUUAGAGUCGAGCGAGGAUGGAAGGGUUCUUUCGAAGAAGAAGUUGAACGAAUUGGUCCGGGAGGUAUGCGGCCCAGGACCGGAGGAGCAGCUUGACCCGGAAGCCGAAGAGGCAAGUUUUUCGUCCCGUUUAGGCCGAAUCUUCCUCGCCAUCGCAGAUGACUUUGUGGACGAGCUGGUUUCAACCGCUUGUAAGCUGGCGAAGUUACGUGGUUCUUCGAGCCUGGAAUUACGUGAUCUCCAAAUCGUCCUGGAGCGUCAGUACAAUAUUCGCGUUCCCGGUAUCUCGACCGAUGAGAUUCGAACUGUGCGACGACCUCAACCUGCGCCGGGCUGGGCUCACAAGAUGAGUGCCGUCCAAGCUGCCAAGUUGACAGGCGGAGGAGGUGCAGCGGGCGCGACUGGGGCCAGUGGAAAGGAUAACUAG